AUGCCUCACGCCUUCAUCGACGCGGCCGUCAGGAUUCUCCAUGUCAAUAAGUUGCUAGAUGCCCGUCGGAAUAUGCUCUUGCAAGAGAAAGUUCUUGCUCGCGUGAAGGCACUCGAUGAUGCUCAGAAGGAGACACUCGCUGGACUGCUCCGACACCAAUGCGGCGGCCAAACCCUGGAAGAAUUCGCCCUCUUCUCCGAGAACCCCGACAACGCCCAGGACAUCUUCUCCACGAUCAACGACUACCUGACGGCCAUCGACAAA